GGGACUCAGAGUUUAAGGCUCCUCUCCCAUAGAGCAACUCUGCACAACCCAAGCAGACCAACUUUGGGACUUUGAAUGAACGUAUUUACAUCCACCUUUCUCUUCAUGUCGACUUUUCUGGAAACAUUCACACGGAUGCCAUGGUUACUCCUACCACGAUCUUACAGGUGAACAAGGUGAUGUCCAUCUUGUUUUAUGUGAUAUUUCUCGCUUAUCUUCGUGGCAUCCAAUCUACCAACAUGGAUCAAAGGAGUUUGCCAGAAGAUUCGAUAAAUUCUCUUAUUAUCAAACUUAUCCAGGCAGACAUUUUAAAAAACAAGCUUUCCAAGCAGAUGGUAGAUAUUAAGGAAAACUAUCAAAACACGGUGCAGAAAGCAGACACUCAGCAAGACAUGGAUGGAGAGGAAAAUGUGAAAUCAGACUUCCAACCAGUUAUCUCAGUGGAUACAGAUCUCUUGAGGCAGCAGAGACGCUACAACUCUCCCCGAGUCCUCUUGAGUGACAACACGCCGCUGGAGCCGCCGCCGCUGUACCUCAUGGAGGAUUAUAUUGGGAAUUCCGUGGUGAACAGAACCUCCCGGCGGAAGAGGUACGCGGAGCACAAGGGCCACCGAGGGGAAUAUUCCGUUUGUGACAGUGAAAGUUUGUGGGUCACGGACAAAUCCUCUGCCAUCGACAUCAGAGGACACCAGGUAACUGUUCUGGGAGAAAUUAAAACGGGCAACUCUCCAGUUAAGCAGUACUUUUAUGAGACGAGGUGUAAAGAAGCCAAGCCCGUGAAAAACGGCUGCCGUGGCAUCGAUGACAAGCACUGGAAUUCCCAAUGCAAGACAUCCCAAACUUAUGUUAGAGCACUGACUUCAGAAAACAACAAACUGGUAGGCUGGAGAUGGAUAAGGAUAGACACCUCCUGCGUGUGUGCGUUGUCGAGGAAAAUAGGAAGAACAUAAAUCUGCAUCUCUUUGCUAUAUAAAUUAUUACUUUAAAUUAUAUGAUAUGCAUGUAGCAUAUAAAUGUUUAUAUUGUUUUAUAUAUAUUAUAAGUUGACCUUAUUUAUUAAACUUCAGCAAAACUACAGUAUAUAAGCUUUCUCUCUCAAUAAACAAGAGCAAAGGGUGUGUGCCUCCACUGUGGGCAACUCCAGGUUUUUUUUUAGACUAUGUUUGUGACACUGCUUGUCGGCAGCAUACCGUAACCUUCCUGUAAAAUCUGUGUAAAAUCAGUAUUUUUCAUUCAGUAUUGUCAAACCAGUGACUGUCAUUUAGUAAACUUGUUAAAAAUCAGAUCAAUGCCAAGAGUUGUGUACAUAUUUAUAUUCCCUGAUCUAUACAUUCACAUUUAAUUGGAUGCAGUGUUGACUCCUCACCACCAAAACAAACAUGGACCAAAGUACGUGUUGUAGCCUGCAGAUGAUGUCAAAUUUACAGGCAUCAGGUAGCCCUAAAAUAAAGUUUCUGUGUAUUAUGCCAGUUUUGCCAGUGAAAUUACCAUUUUUCCUCUGUUAGCAUUUCAGGAUGGCUGCUAAUAAUCCAGCAACUUCCAUUUAUGUUUCUGAAGCACAUUUGUUUUGCAACUGUUUCUAAUGCUGCCAGUGCAUCAUUGAAAAAACAUGAAAAAAAUAUAAAAUAUUUGUAGCUGAAACUUACUGAAGCCAAGGACCAAUCUAAACGGGUCAUUAAUAUAAUACAUGAAAGAUGGUUUGUUGUGAUCAGCCUCCUUCUCCUCACACAAAUCGUUAUCUUCUGCUUGCA